GUGUCUGAACAAUGUAGUAGCAGUAAUAUUACAAUUUAAUUACUAGAUGACGGUAAUUUAUGGUCUCUAGUAUAACUCAUUAAGUCACGAAACUCUGAACUCGGACGUAGAUUCGCAGUUCAAAGUUCAGGACCGUUAUUAUCAAACUACAUAACUAUUUGAAAACACUGUUAUCAAAAACAAAAACCGCUGUUAAGCAUUUAAAUCGGGAAUAAAUACGUCUGUGCUUAAAAUGCCCGCAUUUCGUUUUCUUGGGCAAACGCUUAACAAUUACAGGCGGAGAACUGUUGAUGAACUCAGAGAAUUAGUGUUUAGAGGUGGUGUUGUUGCAUUAGUAGCAGCUGUCGUCUUAUGGUUCGCAAUAUUUUUGUAUGUAGCCUUUUAUUACACUUACAUGCCUUCAAUUUCACAUGUUCGGGCUGUUCACCUACAGUUUAAGUCAUGUGAGGCCAGCAAAGGUAUUUGCAGUUUCCCCUCGGCUCAUGUCCGUCUAACCAGGAAGCAGCAGUUGCUUAUGAUUGGGCAACAGUACAAAAUGUAUUUAGAUCUGGAGAUGCCAGAAUCUCCAGCAAAUCAGAAACUUGGAAUGUUUAUGGUGUGCAUUCGGCUGCAAGAUAAGGACGGCCAGUUGGUCGACAACUCCUGCCGCUCCGCUAUGUUGCACUAUCGCAGUUACCUUCUUCAUAUGUUGUCUACACUCAUCUUCUCACCAAUGAUGGUGUUUGGCAAUAAAGAAGAGAAACAGAACAUUGUUUUAGAACUUCUUGCAGAUUUUGAGGAAGAUCAGAACCAUCCAGUGACAGACAUCUACGUGGAAAUUCAAUCUCGUCACGUGGAAUUGUAUUCUGCCACACUGCACAUCCACGCUCACUUCACUGGGAUACGCUACUUCAUGUUUCAUUGGCCGAUGCUUUCUGCUGCUGUUGGGAUAACGUCUAACUUGUUCUUCAUCGUGCUCGUUUGUAUGCUGUCGUGGUGGCACUUACGUCGGCCAAAUGAAAAUGAGGGGGAAUUUUUGUACAGUGCUGCAAGAGACGAUGAUGAACUACGACUCAACCCGAAGAGGAAGAAUGCCGUCACACUUAGGGGAGAACAUGAUGACAGUUCAUCUGAAGAGACCAGCCUCUUGGAUGACAGCAGCAACACAAAUGGUGAAGGAGUCGAUGUACUUCCAACACAAGCCGUUGGCGGUCGACAGUUCAUCACAGAACUUCUGUAUAGUCAGCAGUUCAAGUGAUAGUUGAAGGAAGAACGUCAUUAACAAAAAGAUGAGAACAUUUAAAUUACCACAAAUUCUCUUCAGAAGUUUGUGCAGCUCACAUUUCAUUCCAUUUUUUACUAAUAGGUUUUUAGUGACAAAUUUUAUAUCAGAUUUUAUUAUAUUUUAAGUCUCAUACUGUAUUGCUACUGUCAGACACGUCCUACGAUAAAUCCUAGUCAAGGACAUGUCACUCUGCUGUUUAUUGUACAUUAAUAAAUCGUAGCGAGUUUCAUCAGUGACGAAACUCCUGUUUUACAGAA